AUGGCCAGUAAACAGAUCACGAUUGAAACGGACGAAUUCGGUGGUGUGGAAUGGGGCUUGCGUCAACUAAGAAAGAUAUUGGCUCCAGUAUCUAUACCCAGUAAGGAAUGGAUUGGCACACCGGUCAUUCCAUAUAAAGCAGGAAGAUCGGAGGUUAUUCGAAGGUUGUUGAACUUGGCCAACAUUCAAGUAGCUUUUCAGAAGGGAAAAACGCUGCGCUCAGUUUUGGUGCAAUUGAAAGGACUAGGGACUGUGUGUAUAAAAUUAACUGCAACGAUUGCGCUAAGGUUUAUAUCGGACAAACUGCCAGGGAAUUGCACACCAGAAUUGAUGAGCAUAAAAGAAGGAUUAACAAACCACCAAGGAAUGCAGAAUACUAAACGCUGGUCAAAGACUCAGCGAUGGCGGUACAUGCCUCAGACACGGGGCAGACAUACAAUAGAUCUGGAGAAUGUGGAAGUUUUAAAGGGGGGCUGCGAUUCACAACAUAGCGGCUGUUAG